CAUGAAUAUACAACGAGCUUUUCCACUUUCCUAAGAUGUCUGCCGACGCUCAUUAAUAUUCCCGCAUACAGUUUUUAUAAUAAUGAGAUGUGGUGGCGUCUCCACCCGCUCUCCAGUCUUUUGGUUCAACUUGAGUUUCUUCCAGCACUCGGGCUCCAUUAUGGUGCCACGGACAGCGGCGCGGUGGCGCUGAGCGGCCCGAGGGGGGACAGGCAGUAAGUUCGUGAUGCUGUUUUUCUAGCCUUAUGUCGUUUUAUUUAUUUUAAGCAGCCCUUAGGGUCGAAUCGGCGCCGUCCGCCCGUAUACGCGGUCUGUUUAACGCGGGAGGGAGAGAGUAUGGAGAGUGCGCGGGUCGCCGUGAUGGGGGACACGCUGGAGAGGACCGGCUCCCCGGCGGCUGCCGGCACAGUGGCGACCGGCUCGCAAGCGGCCACUGGUAGUAAGCUGAGGAAGCCCGGCGCGCCGUCUGGAGCAGGAGCUGGGAUGCCAGCGGCGGACGAUGGCGGGGGCGGCGGCGGCAGUGAGCCGAGGACGGAGAGCGUCGGACUGCUGGCUCCCGUCCCCACUACUGGACAGACUGCGGGCGGCCGUGAGCGCCGAACCGAAGCCACUCCCGUGGAGGGGGGCGCCCCAAUUGAAGGUACCCUCAGGCCGUCCGCCAGCGUUCGCAGCUUCGCCGGGCACUCGGGCUCGCUGCUACGGCGGCGGCGGCUGCGGAGGAACCUGUCCGCCACCGCCGCAGCCCCCGGUUCCUUCAGCGGCAGGAUGGGCUCGGCCGCCUCGGCGUCGUCACUCAGUACACGCAGCCUGGACAGGAAGACCCUGCUGCGGCAUAGGCAGCCGGCACAGCUGCAGCCGUCCGACCGGGAGUGGGUGCGAUCGGACCUCCGCAGGGGCUGCGUUCACGUUCACGACCGGCGCUCGACAUCGUGCCUCAGGCCGGUACUGUGUACGCUGGAUACCAGCGCCGGGGAGAUCGCUCACCGCCUGAGCCGGCUGGGCGGCAGGGCAGGGGCCGCGGUAAGGGUGCCCGGCGAGCCCGGCUUCCCCAUGGACUUUAACGGACAGUUACGGAAUGGCGACGACGCUUCCGGCCGGUUGAGCUUCGAGGUGAGAUCCAGGGACGGCCAGCCACCGCCGUCCGCCGAGCGGCUGAAGCUGCUGCUUUUGGCAAAUGACAGUAACACGGGGCGAGGUGCGGGCUCCCCGGCUGAGCUCCUGACAGCAGACGUGAACUCAGGCUCGGACGUGGAGAGCAGCCCGCUGGAGGAUCUGAGCUCCGGCCCCGGGCUGGACGAGCGCCGGGACUCAUUCGGCGACGACAUGAUGCUGGGCACCGACGCGUCCGCCCUGAGUCCAGCUUUCGACAGCGCCGCGGACGGGCUGGACACCCCGGGAAGUUCUUCGGAUGAGCUGGAGCUCGACUGCCCGUCCCCGAAGAGGGCAUCCAGCCCGGAGACCGAGCCUGGUUUACAGAUGCGUCCAGCGGAUGGUGCCACCGUAAGCGACGGCCACCAGCAUCCGAGCGGUGUGAUAGACGACGGCGGGAUUGGGGCUGCAUCCCAGACGGGGGCGGCCACGGAGGGCAGCGACCCCACACCCACCCUUUACGUCCAGCUGCACGGUGAGACGGCCAGGAGGCUGGAGCUGGAUGAGAAGCCGCUGAGGAUCCAGAACGACUAUCUGUUCAAACUGGGAUUUAAAGACCCCUGGAGAGUGCAGGAGGAGGGCAUGGACAGCGAAAUCGGCUCGCUGAUCCGUUUCUACGCGGGGAAGCCGCACAGCAUUGAGAGUUCGGAGCGCAUCCAGCUGUCGGGGAGCUACAACGUGCGCAAGGGGAAGAUGCAGCUGCCGGUGAACCGGUGGACGCGGCGGCAGGUGAUCCUGUGCGGCACCUGCCUCAUCGUCUCCUCCGUCAAGGACAGCCAGGCUGGCAAGAUGCAUGUGCUGCCUCUCAUUGGGGGCAAGGUGGAGGAGGUGAGGAAGCAGACGCACUGCCUGGCCUUCAGCUCCUCGGGGCCCCAGAGCCAGAGCUACUACGUCAGCUUCGACAGCUUCACUGAGCACCUUCGCUGGCAGAGGCAGGCCUCCAAGAUGGUGUCUCAGCGCAUCAGCUCGGUGGACCUGUCCUGCUGUAGCCUGGAGCGCCUUCCGCCCAAUCUCUUCUACAGCCAGGACCUAACACACCUCAACCUGAAACGCAACUUCCUGUCAGCCAGCCGCUGUCUGGCAGAUCUGCAGAGGUUCUCCAAGCUGCGUAGCCUCAACCUGUCCAACAACCACCUUGGCCAGUUCCCCCUAGCCAUCUGCAGCAUCCCCACCUUGACCGAGCUCAACCUGUCCUGCAACUGCCUGACCUCCGUGCCUGGUGCUGUGGGGGCCAUGCACAACCUGCAGACCUUCCUCCUGGAUGGGAAUUGCCUGUCGGCGUUGCCGGCCGAGCUGGGUGACCUGCCCCUCCUGAGCUACCUGGGACUGUCCUUCAACGAGUUCAGCGAGG